AUGGUUGAUGUUGUCAUUGGAUUUGAUAUAUGUGGUAGGCAAGCUGCAAUUUGCCGCUGGCUACCAACGAUAAGGCUGGAGAGCUACCAGUCAUCAUCAGCGACAUACUACACGUUCAGAGUGCUGGGGCUGGCUGAGAUAGCAAAUGGUUUAAAGGAACACAAGGCAAAGAUUCACCAGGGCGAUAUUGUCGUUGUUUCCCAUGCGCCAGAGUUUCACAACUAUCUCUUGUCCUCGCUAGCUGAUACGAUCCACCAAGGAAAUAAGAUGCAUGGGAAGUGGACAGUUGAAGAGGAUAUCUUCGUCGCAACCCUCCGGCUCGGUACGAACCUAACUUGGCGGGAGAUCGAAACCGAAUUCAACAAAAGGUUUCCCCCCGCCACGCCCAAAGACUUGGAAUCAAGAUAUAACAAAGGCUUGAAACCAGGCAGACGCGUUCCAGCAGAUAAAAGACGAAUAUCGGACAUCAUCGACGAUUACCGGCACUACGGGUUGGAGGAAGAAAACCCCGCUGCAAAGGAAAUUUUGCAACAGGCAUUGCGCAUCCUGGACGAAUAUUCCAUGUGUCGCUUGUGGUAUUAA